AGUAGGUAUGUAGAUGGUAUACCUAUAACUUAGAAAACUUCUUUAAGUGAUCGCUAGAUGUGCCACUUUUGCUCGAAUGCGGAUAGUUUACGUGCAUAUACAUGGAAAAACUUUUGGCACUCUGGGUAGUCCGAAACUCUUGGAGUCUAAGAGACUCCACUUUUGGAGCUCUGGGGCCCCCAUUCUGGCAUGCAGGCCGAGACGGGCCAAAAUGCAGGCUUCCCCCACCACCGUUUUCUUCGCGUGGUGGGGGAAUGGCUUACAUUCGGGAAUUGGGCGCCCCAUGCACUCUGUAGAAUCUCGGAUGUACAGAGAGCUUCCAAAAUAAUAUAGCGUAGAGUCAAAACCGCGUCGUGAGGACAACACAUAAAUUAUAUGUAUAAUUUUUAGAGCUUCCAGGGUACCAAAAGUUUUUUCGUGUAUGAAAGAUUAAGAAUCAUGAGUCAAUGCAGUUCCGCCAUGUCGAGGCAGCCGAGGUCAUAGAAUAAAGACAUCAGAAAAAGACCAAGCGACGACGAGACUCUCUUGUUAUACAGCUGUAUUUCCUCGUAUUGCGUUUCCAAACUACGAAGAUACUUGAAGUUAAACUAAGAAGCCGUUCUCUAUACCAGCAGAACCUACGAUGUAGACUGCAUCGAGCUGUAAUGGCAGAUUCGGACGAAAGAACCAAACGCUCGCGCCAUUAUGGCCGAUUGCUGCAUCAAACGCUCAGCAAGAUCUUCUAUAGCGGCUCUCUCAUUCGCAGUCAGAUCAAGGAACGUAUUCGUGCCACCGAUCAUAAUUCCAUUACUAAGCUGGUCGUGGAGCUGGAACCUGACCUCAGAACGACUUUGUUGGAUAAAUUUUUUGAAAAUAACACUCUACUGUGGCUCGCGGUUACUCGCCAUUACUACGACUCAGCCGAGCUGCUCGUGCGCUUCGGUGCCGACGUCAACGAGGUUUGCAUACGUCGUGACUCUGGAAUGAUCGACCGUGAAUACAGGAUCCUUCAUCUUUUGUUGAGUCAGCAUCGCCACUAUCCCGAGAACGAGCAACUCAUUCGUCUGAUAAUCGACUAUGGCGCCGACUUAAACGUUAAGACCUUUGGAGAUGCGAGCGCCCUGCUCGUUGCGGUGGAUGAGGGUUGGAUCAACUUGGCCGAAUUGUUUCUCGAGAAAGGAGCUGAUGUGAAUAUCACUAAUGAUGAGGGCGUGACGCCACUGCACGCUGCGCUCGUGGUAAAAAAUGCUGACAAAAUGGUACCGCUGUUGAUAAAAUACGGAGCCGACAUUUUUGCUAAAAAUACAGGCGGCGCGAACGUUUUGCACUAUCUAACAGAAGCAAUUAUUGAUACGAAACAAAUCUGUGACCUGGCCAAAACCUUUAUCGAGAAGGGUGUCUCUCUCGACGACAUUGAACAUAAAGGCCAGCACCAGCCAAUACACCAGGCAGCUGCUAGAGGAACAUGUGAAUUAGUAAACCUCUAUUUGGACUACGGUGCAAACGUGAAUGCGCAAGCGAUAAAUGGCAAAUUUCCGUUAUUAAUUGCAUGUAAUCGUGAGAAUCCGGCAAUGCUGGAAACUUUGCUCCAACGCGGCGCUAACGUUAAUAUGAAAAACGAGGAUGGUUACACCGCAUUGCACCUCUGCUGCCAGAUUUCAAAUGAGCAGAUGAUGAGCAUACUUUUGUCAGCCGGCGCAGAUGUGCUCCUCGAAGAGAGCAGCGGCAAAACGCCUUUCGCUUCCCUUUAUCCUCAAAACAUCGAAAAUCCAAGUAUCAGGCUCAUGCUUAAAGCGCUAGCUUUGAAAAAGGCUUGCCUGACACAGUCAUCGAUCAAAUUGAAGGACGAACGUAUCAUAAAGGAGAAUCUAAUACUGUGGAAUUAUUAUCAAGACUGCAUCGCAUAUAUCUCCAGGAUGAAAUUGACAAGAUUCACACAGUCCUGCUCAUUUUUGGAAUUCCUUAGAAAAAGUCACUAUCAAAUUGCCACGCUCAUGCGGGACUCUAACUUCGAGGCCAACUUCGGGCUGUACGAUCUGAACGGAUUUUCCAUGUAUGCUGAAGACGUACUCCGAGGUUUCAAGCGCGCGCAAAACCUCUAUCAUAAAAUGAUAGAACAAGAGGACCUAAUCAAUGAAGCUUUCGAUCAUAUUUUUCCUCACAUGGUUGUGAGACAAAUAGCUGCUUACUUAUUGAAUGACUGUACACACUUAAAUGUAUAACAAAUAUAUAUUUUUAACGUUUAGAAAUAUUAUUAAAAACUACAUUUACAUAUAUCUUU